GCGCAACACUCCUCGUCAUUUGCAACUGUUUCAUUCCUCUUCUGCUCCGAUCAACUGUUUCCUAUCUUCCUUCGAAGCGAAUUGAAGGCUGACACCGGUAACUCCGGUGGAAUUUCAGAUUAGGCUGAAAACGAUGGCCGUAGUUGCUUCUGCUCCCGGGAAAGUGUUGCUGACUGGCGGCUAUUUGAUACUGGAGAGGCCCAAUGCUGGGAUCGUGCUGAGUACCAACGCUAGAUUCUACGCCAUUGUUAAACCUCUCUUCGAUCAGCUCAGUCCUGAGAGCUGGGCUUGGGCUUGGUCUGAUGUCAAGUUGACUUCUCCCCAGCUCAACAGAGAGAGCAUGUACAAGUUGUCUCUUAAGAAUCUGAAUCUUCAGCGUGUCUCCUCCAGUGAUUCAGGAAACCCAUUUGUUGAACAUGCGCUGGAAUAUGCUGUCGCUGCUGCAAAUGCUACCUUUGAUAGAAGUAAGAAGGAGGCCUUAAACAAGCUACUCUUGCAAGGUCUUGACAUCACAAUUUUGGGUUGUAAUGACUUUUAUUCAUACAGAAGUCAGAUAGAAGCACGUGGUCUCCCUUUGACGCCAGAGUCACUGGCUGCACUCGCUCCUUUCAAGUCAAUCACUUUUAAUGCCGAGGAUGAUGCAAGUGGUCAACAGUGUAAGCCUGAAGUUGCAAAGACCGGGCUGGGCUCAUCUGCAGCAAUGACCACUGCUGUGGUUGCUGCUCUGCUCAAGUACUUAGGACUAGUGGACCUUUCUUCCUCCAACGAUAAGGAAACUAAAGAUCUUGAUCUGGUUCAUAUUAUAGCUCAAAGUGCUCAUUGUAUUGCCCAAGGCAAAGUUGGCAGUGGGUUCGAUGUCAGUUCUGCAGUUUAUGGUAGCCAGCGAUAUGUCCGUUUCUCCUCCUCUGUGCUUUCAUCUGCUCAGGAUGCAGCGAGAGGUUUGCCAUUACAGGAAGUCAUAGUUGAUAUUCUGAGAGGAAAUUGGGAUCACGAGAGGACUAAGUUCUCUUUGCCUCCAUUGAUGACCUUGCUACUUGGGGAACCAGGAGUUGGAGGAUCAUCCACCCCAUCGAUGGUAGGUGCAGUAAGAAAGUGGCAGAAAGCUGAUCCACAGAAGUCUCAAGAAACAUGGAGGAUAUUAUCAGCAGCAAAUUCAGUGCUGGAAACACAACUUAAAGCUUUAAGCCAACUUGCACAAGAGCAUUGGAUUGCAUAUAAGUCCGUGAUAGACAGCUGCAGCACAACAAAGAAUGAGAAGUGGUUAAAGCAAGCUGCUGACCCCAACGAAGAAGCUGUUGCUAAAGCAUUACUGGGGGCAAGAGAGGCAAUGCUCGAGAUCAGAAAGCAUAUGCGCCAGAUGGGAGAAGCUGCGGGUGUUCCAAUAGAGCCAGAAUCCCAGACCAAACUAUUGGAUGUUACGAUGAAUAUGGAAGGAGUUUUGCUGGCUGGGGUCCCGGGUGCAGGUGGGUUUGAUGCAGUAUUCGCUGUGACGUUGGGGAGCUCUAGCAGCAGCAAUCUCGCAGCAACUUGGAGCUCGCUUAAUGUUCUAGCAUUGUUAGUACGAGAAGACCCGUAUGGCGUUCGUCUAGAAGGUGGUGAUCCGAGAAGCCGGGAGAUCACAUCAGGUGUUUCUACAAUGAGCAUCCAGUAGGGGGUAUCUCCCGAUUUGUUGUAACGAAAUGUAUACUACUGUUGGAAUGAGAACUGAGUUGCCAACUUGCCAUACUGUGCAAUACGGGGUUUAGUUUAGGUUGAUACUUGAGAAUGGCUGAAACUGGAAGAUUCAAAGACCCUUUUGGUACGAAUAAUGUCAGGUAAAUUGCAAGGUUGGUCACUCAAAGUGCUAAAAAAUUCACGUUUGGUCACUAAAAGUGUUUUAUUCCAUUCGUGGUCACUUAAAGUGGUUAAACGUUUCAUGUUUGGUCACUCUCCCUUAGUCUCCAUUAACACUGUCAGCUUUUUGCUGACGUGGCUAACAGAAACGCUGAUUCACCAAAUUUUGACGCGCCACGUCAUAUAACCCGCCAAAUCAGACCCAGUAAAUAACUCAACCCAACCUAAUUUAACCCCCACCGAUUCGAGCCUCUCUUCUUCACCUUUAUUUCUCCUCCCUCUACGAAUUGUCGCCUUUCUCCCACUUUGCUUCUUUGGGGUUUCUGAUCGAAAGAAGGACAAUACAGAGGAGAACGCUGAUGAUAAAUGAGAGUUCAGGGAGGACACCGACUCCCGAUCUCCCUCCUUCCAACUGUAACUUCCUCACCGAUGAUGCUCCUUUUCUCUCACUGCGUGCCUCCUCCCUCUCUAUUCCGGCCGACUCGUCGGUGACUUUCCAAUCGGAGAGGAAGACCUGAUUAAGAUUCUGCCUCACCUCUCCUUGAAUUGCUAGAGAUGAGAAGGCGAGAUGACGAUGGGAAUCGAACCGAGACAACAGAUGUUCGGUUGAUUAGAGGUGGUCAGAAGAUUAGAGGGCAGCGAGAGGCGAGAGCAGAGCCGCGACAAGGAAGAUCUCAAACUGGGGCAGCAGAUCUAUCUUGUUCGAUUAUCACAGUCGGAACAGUCGACAUCGAUCUGGUUCACAGCAGAAAACCUCGUCCAAGUUUUAAUUGUAGAUCUAGAUCUUCUUGCUAUCUUUGGUCGUCAAUCGCUUGCGGGAAGAUUUGGAUGAAGAGCCGCAAUCGAGGUUUCUAGGGAGUCAACGGGAGGGAUUGAAGAGAGUUGUGGAGGUCACAAAGGAGGAGGAGAGUAGAGCGUCAAGGCUGCGACGGUGCUGUGGUUGCAGAUGAGGAUAGUAAGCGGCGACGGUGGUGGGAAGGUGGGUGGGGUAUGGUCGAUUCAGCUUGGGUUAGGGGUUGAGUUAGGUUGGGUUAUGAUAGGGUCUGACGUGGCCGGUUAAAAUUUGAUGAAUUGGCGUUUUUGUUAGCCAUGUCAGCAAAAAAACUAACAGUGUUAACGGAGACUUACGGAGAGUGACCAAACGUGAAACAUUUAACCACUUUCAGUGACCAUAAAUGGAAUAAAACACUUUUAAUGAC